AUUAGUUAUAUUCAAACUGUUACAAUAAAGUUAAUAUUACAUUUCUUAUUUUAUCUUAAAUUAACUUAUUCCUGGCUAAGUCGCACGCAGUUCUAAUAAUCUUGUCACGUGCGGCGUGAACGCCAAUAAAACCCUAAGUCCUUAAAAAUAAAACCGCACGGACAGUAUAUUUUCUCUCUAAAUAUUUGUUAAACACGGUUGUAAACAUUGUAAACAUUCCACGGACAUAAUGUCCGUGCAAUAAUCUGAUAAUAUAAAGCAGCCCUAAGGAAGUAUCACGUAGUGCCAGACCUUCUUGAGCCAGACCUGAGUUUAUCGACCGAGCCUCGAUAGAUCGAUAAACAAUUUUAUUUAAUAGAUCGAUAAUCGACUUUGCAAUUGCGUAAUAAUUACGUUCGUCAGGACUCUUUAUCUCAAGCGACAGAUAGACGCUUCCCACUGUAAAAAUCAACUGAUAAUUCGCAGCACGAACAAAUCGAAUCGCAAUUUAGAGUUCGUUCGAUUUUAGAUAGGAUGAACUGGGAUGAACGAAAUGCGAAAACAUGGAAAACGAGCGCAGAGAAAAAUGGUAGAACGUGGUAACUGUUGCGAUUGGAGUAUUCCCUCUAUGUAGACAUGUGCAUCAAGACGAAGGGUGGUAGGAAUACGGACCCGGAGUCGGCAAUAUGGCUGACCAGAGGUGCAUAGGCAGGGUGUCGGGGUGGUGUUAGUGCUGUACGUUAUUUAUGUCGAACUACCGUAAAUCUUGUCCGAAUCUUGCGUGUUUUCAUGGAAUCGGUGAUAUACUGUGCAGAAGCAGGAAUACGGCUUGCAUGAAGGCAUAGCAUACGCUUCCAAGCCAAACAAACAUGAACGAAGUGAGCAUAUCGUCCGCUCGUGCAUCGGUAAUGGUGUACGAUGACGUUAACAAGAAAUGGGUACCGAGUGGCACCUCCUCUGGACUCUCCAAAGUUCAGUUGUACCAUCAUCAAAUGAACAAUACGUUUCGCGUGGUGGGGAGAAAGUUGCAGGAUCACGAAAUCGUCAUCAACUGCGCGAUCCUCAAGGGAUUGAAAUACAAUCAGGCGACAGUCACGUUUCAUCAAUGGCGAGAUAACAAGCAAGUAUACGGUCUGAAUUUCUCCAGUAAGGACGACGCCGACGCAUUUGCCAGAGCGAUGCUGCAAGCGCUCGAUGUGUUGAGCAAUGGAAGCAACAUAUCGAGGAGCCUCGCUCCCGCGGUUGGCUCGACGACCCAGCAACAGCCCGUCUUUCAGCAACAGCAACAACAGAGUAACGCUCAAUACGACGAGGACAUGGGGUACAGAACCAUGACCAGGGAAGACGUGGCGAUAAUUCAAGAACGCAGAAUGUCACAACAAAGUCAAGCCACCAACAGUCCAAACGCAAUUUCUCCGAGUUGCCCCAUCGCGACACAGCAGCAGCAACAGCAACCGCCAUCGCAACAGCAGCAACAACAGUUGCCCCAACAGGCUGUGCAACAAUCCCAACAGCCGGCUGCACCGCCUCAGCCUCAACAACAGCAGCAACAGCAUCAGGUGCAGCAACAGCAACAACAACCGUUGCAGCAGCAACAAUCCGGUCAUCAUAGAACUUCGUCGGCACCGCCAGCACCGCAGCCUCAACAACAAUCCGUGAUGCAGUCGAUACAACCUGUCGGCGGGAUGGGAACGGGAGGCGUGCAAAUGUCGAGCGGCGGUGUACCGCCUAUUCCACCUCCUCAGCCCCCGAUCGCGUCGUCCAUUCCGCCGUGUCCACCUGCGAUGAUGAAUUUCAACGCGCCGGUACCACCGCCUCCGAUGAUGAUGAAUCAGUACGCACAGUCUCCGUCGUCCCAAUCGAACCUGCCCAAUCAGUCUCAAGCUCAAUCGAUUUACGGUAGCAAUCAAGGGAAUCAGUAUGGCACCGCGCCGAAUAGUAAUCAGUACGCGGCCGCUACCGUAGUCGGGCAAAGUUCCUGCCAGUAUCCUGCUGGAAGUCAGAAUAAUUUUUACGGUAACAACGGUCAGGUGGGCAAUUCGUAUCCGAGCGGUCAGCCGGGACCAGCGAACGCCGGUGGAAGCCAAUUCGGAAGUAGCAAUUCGAUCGGUCAGUACGCUAGUAGCGGAACAGCAACGACCGGUCAGUACGGAGUCGUGGUCGGCGUGAACGUCGCCCAACAAAAUCAGUCUCAAUACAGCGUUGUAUCCCAGACACAGGCACAGACACAGGGACAGUACGGGCCCAGUCAAGUACAGACAGCUCCGAGUGCCACGAAUCCGUACGGGACACCCUCGAACUCGGUGAAUCAGUACAGCAGUGGUAGCGGUCCCGGUAGCGGUCCAGCCGGUGGCAGUCACGUGCCACCGGUCAAUGCCAACGUUUACGUCCCCGUCGGCAACGGAGGUCCUCAACCACCGCCUAUGGGUCCGUUGAUUGGUCCUGCCGCUCCUCCUCCACCUCCACCACCACCCGCACCAAACUCAAACUCCAUUAGCCUAAACCCACCGUCUGCCGGGUCUGGUUCCACCGGAUCGGUGGUCACCAGCAACAACGAUCCGCCUCCUGACAUCAACUCGUUGGCUGCUGCCCUUCAAGCGGCUCGCCUGAAGAAAAAGCAGUCGUCGCAACAACCGGUUGAGAACAGUGGAUCGAGUACCAGCAGCAGUGGAAGCGUUGGAGGCGGUGGAAACUACGGUACGCUGGGAAGGGGCGGAGGUGGAGGUAUGGCUUCCAUGAUGGACGAGAUGGCGAAAACCUUGGCGCGUAGACGAGCCGCCGUCGAGAAGAAACAACCAGAUCCGCCACAGGAACCCGAAAGCUCGCCCGAUAAAAAGUGGGACAAAAAUAACUCGAAUAAUAAAUUUUCAAACGGCGCCGAAUCGCCGAAAUCUGUACGCAAGAGGUUUGGCUCUGCAUCCGAGGACACUCUUCUGAAAGUAAACGGCGUUAACGAUGGAGCUGUGCUCACUGCCCAAGAAAUGGAUGCGUUUAAGGCGGAGAUCAUCAAGGAGGUUCGCAAAGAAUUUCAAAAGAUGAAGCAGGAAAUCGUGGACGCGGUCAGAGCGGAACUGAGCAGAAGAUAAAGAUGCGACGUGGACCAGUUUCGAGCGUAACGGAGAGAAAUGAAGAAUUCUACUAUCGCGUAGAAACGAUCAGCCGAAACGAUCACAUCGACAGCCGUACACAGGUUUUUUUUACUACGAAUCCGCGAGAAAUGGAGUGGCGUUAUACCCCGUGUAUAUCAGACACGUUUGUGCGUAAGUACGUUACAAUAUAACCUAGCGUUCUAAGCGAACCGUAUCCUAAUCGUUGUUUGCUAGAUCAAUGGCAAGCAACGUCGACUUUAUCGGAUAAAAUCGAUUUUAACUAUGCCAAUUCAACGCACAACAAAUUUCGGAACAACUAUUACGUUCGAAUGCGUAUUUAUCUUCGAUGGGAUCGUACAAUGUAUCGUUUAACGCUAACGAUUGCCGUGCUCCUUAUUCGGUCAAGUAUUAUACCUAGUUAAAACUAUGGGUAACCUGAUGGCGAUCCUAUGCACGGUCGAAGAACGCGCGUUUUUAUCGAAUUUAUCGAUCGAAUUCGAUACAAUCGGAAACCCGUAAAGAUUUCCGAAAAGAUUCUUUCUAGUCCAACCCUUUGAGUGAUGAAUACUCCCAGCGCGCGCCUAGCUGGGCAGGGAAGACUUCUUUCCUAGCGUGAUCACUGUCGAUUGAAUGCACAAGGUACAACUAAUUUAUAAUCGUAACUCUUUUACGUAAAAUUAAACGGUACAGGAAAAUAUAUCGAGACGCAGACUGUGCGCGGAAGUCUAAACAUUUGAACUUGACGAAUAUAACAACAAAAAUUAUGGGAAACUUUAUACCCACAUUAUAAACAACACUCAAAGGGUUAAAAGAAAAUGUGCAUCAUCCAAUUCGUUCGCGUUUACAUUUCUCCGUGACGCUUAUCUCCGGUUCCCCUUUCUGACUUCACGUUCCGCACGACAAUUUCCAAGGAAAACUCGAGAAUACUCAUCGUUGCACUAAUUUCGAGUCUUUCGUACAGAUAUACCACCGACACUACCACACAUCCGUGUACAGAUUACAUUAAAUACGCACAGCUCGAUACAUUCUAAGACAGGCAAAGUUUCGAUACCGCAUGAAGUACGAUAGAAGAGAAAAAGUUAAAAAAAAAAAAAGAGAGAGAACAUAGAGAAUAGAAUUACGAAGUGGUCAUCGAUGGACUACCGGCGAUUUAACGAACAGAACGGAUUCUCGAAUGGUUUCGAGAAUCCCGACGCACACUUAUAUAUUCGAACGGUAACCGAUUAUACCGAUGUUUGUAUUUUACGCAGGGCUGCGAUCGCUAUAAAUUCCAAAAGAAAGAAUCCAAUGCAUGACAGAGCGAUUCCGUCUUUGCUACCGAUAUAUUGUAUAUUACUCUCCGUUCUUAUAUUUUUUUAUCGUCUCUCGUAUGAUUCUCACGGACAAUGAGAAGAAAGAAAAAAAAAAACAAGACAAACAAAUUAACGUUGCAGUUCAUAUAUAUUCUAUGUACCUAUUAAUAUAGCCGUAUACAUAAUAUAUACGCUGAUCUGUACCGGUUUAUUGGCAUUUAUUGCAAUUAACGAAAAAAGGAAAUAUCAUCAACGUCACUCGAUGUAGAAUAAACGAUGCAAUUACGACGCGAAUGAUACUCGAUACAAUACGAUACGAUAACGACGCGAUACGCUUGAUGCACACGUAUCUAAAACUCGAAUAACGCGUGAAACGAAUGGCGAAUCAACAAUUCGUUCCACGUGCAUACGUCUAUUCUUUCUAUUUUUUUUUCUUUUCUUUUUCAUAUUUGUUCUUUCCUUUUUUAAAUGUUUUUUUUUCCACAUUUCGCAAGAAAGAUUUUUAACGACUGAUUAAUAAAUUAAUGAAUUAAGAAUCGCGACGACGAUAAAACGUUGUCAAAUUUUGUGUCUGACUAAAUCGAAGUAAUCGUCUUUUUAUUCUAGGCGUACCUAUAUAAGUAUUAUCAGCUCUAAAUUUUUAAUCUCGUUCUAUGCAACAAUGUCUAGUCGUAUAAGAUAACCAAGGAGCGGAAUCGCAACGUUCUCAUCAGAAAUAGGCACGACCGAAGUUUACGUUUCGAAGUGUGUGACACCUAUCGACGAGGGUACGCGAAUAAACUCUUUCAAUCCUAUCUACAUUCACCGGUUCGUCGCAACAACUGGUGCGUUAGCUUGUGCCGUGGGUCGAAAUUUUUCGAAAGAAAUUUGUUAACCACUUCUAAAUGCUCAAUAAAAGAAAUUACGCACAAAAAGCUUCACUACUUGGAACCACUUCUGCAUUCGCCAACCGAACAAUUAAAAUUCCGACACGACUUAUGGCACAAGCCGAUACUUUGAUAUCGCCGCGCGAACACAUCUUUACAGUUCGUCAUUAGUUUCCUAAACGCGACAUCUCGCACAAAUAAUUACCAGGCUCGUACGCGAUUCGCUUUAUUUUCGCUCGAUUCGUUUCCCCAUCCUCGAAUCGCGCAUUUCACGUACGCAGAAACUCUGACGUAACGAUCUUCCAGUACGACAGUAUUCGCUAUUCAUAGACAAGCUUAAUGUGUAUAAAAAUUAAGGAAUGAUAAUUUUACAGUCUCGAACUUUCGUUUAUUCGCGUUUGGAGUUGUUGUUUCAGCGUCAUCCUCUUGGAGUCUCUGAAUGUCACGAUUGGAUUCACAAGCGUAAAAUCAUAUCCUUUUUAUAUUGUACAAUUUAUUUUUUAAAUUUGAUACUGUGGUCCUCAGAGACCAACGCUCGACGUCUUAGUAUGUAAAACUAAUUUAUUAAAGUUAAUGUAUAAAGAAGUGGAGCUAUCACUAGCGAGCUGAAAAGAACGUCUAAUGGUUUAGAAUUACGAUGGUGUAUAAUGAAUCCAUCAAGUUAAUUGUUAAAUUAAGAAGAAUCGAAUCGACGUGUAUGAUGUAUAUAAAAUUAGAUUGGCAACCAAAGGCUUGUUCUUAGUAUUUAACAUUAUAAUCGUAACAUUGAUAGGUUCUUUCGAUGGCGCUGGAAGAAACAGUUUAAACGUAAAUGACUAGCCACGCCACGGGUGCAAAAUUAUCAUCCUUUAAUUAGUGUUCGUUAUCACUCUCCCAUAUCGACUGCUAGCCUACGUCGGGUGUGUAAUUAAGCUGAACGGGAGGCGUGUUCAAGGUGAACCCACGGAACGUAUAGAGAGACAAUUAAGCGACGAGCACUCGCGUAAGGUUCCUUUGAACAUUUUUAAACGACAAAUAGCAAGAAAACAAAAAAAGUAAAAGAAAAAACGUCGCGAUAGCGCGUCAAACGACGAACAAACGAACGGAGAGAUUUCGUUGAGACAAAUUGUGUUUUCCUACGCAUGUUGUACUCGCAUGUUUGCGCGUAUGUUUUAACGAUGCUCAAAUCACCCCUCGAUCGAUCGUCCUGGACGCAUGGAUCGAGUUAAACGCACUCGCACGAGAUUACGUGCACGUGUACCCAAUUGUAAACGAUUUUUCUACGAGAAAGAAUUGUUCAACCGGCGUUUGUAUUCCGUCGAAGGUACAUUUUUCUUCGUUGCUUUGUAAGCCCCCCUCUACGAAAUAGCGAAAACGCGUUGCAUGGUAUUCUUGAAACAACGACACGUCGACUCGAGGCAUGACUCGAGCAUUGGCGAUUCGUUCGAGGUUGGAGGAGGUAAAGGAAGCAAAAAAGAAAAAGAAAAAGAGAAAAAACACUACGUUCUAAGUAAUUAGUUAUACAAGCGAGAACAGGUAUAAGAGUGCACGCGUGUAUGCGGAGAGAAGUGUGUCUGUCUGCUCGCGGGUAAACGCGCGAGGAUUGUACGAAUUCGCACGGGGUACGAGAAACCAGUUAACCGAGAAUUAAAAUGAAAAAAAAAAUACAAGCGACUAGUAUUAGAUGCAUUUAUAUUGUAUUUAAUAUAUGUAUAUUUAUAUAUAUACAUAUAUAUCAUAGAUGGAUAAUUUUAAUAUGGCAAGAUAAACGCGCGAGCAUUAAGAGUGUUUGUUACGAUUGCAAUUAUUUAAGGAAGCGCGGGAAAGCAUGGGCGAUAAAUGAAUCGACGGUUGCUCUUUUGCGACGACGACGAGAAAAAAGAACGUGUCGAGGAAAUUAUACCAUAAUGUCCAGGGCCAUUAUAAACGGCGUGUAUUAUAAUUAAUGUGCCGGAAAAAUAAAUACACGUGUGACAGGACGAAUUACGAGUGGAACGCUAUUUUAUAUGUAUCAUCAGGCGGCGGAAACGGCGACGAAAGAUAAAUCCACGUGUAACUCGAUUUCUUUGCCACCAAUACCCCCCCCCCCCCCCCCCCACAAUCACUCGUGGUUCCGUAACGUGAUCGCGAUUAGCGUUGAUUAUCAUUUUUAUUCGAAACGAUCAUUUCUGUACAUACAUACGCAUACAUACAUACAUAAAUAAAUAAGUGAACGCACGCGCGCCGCUAGUUGAAGAUAAUGCUCCGUUUUGCUCGACCAUCGCGUUUCGUCGCCGUUUCCUGUUCGUUGCUCGUGCGCGGGAUUUCGAACGCGAGGGAAAGCUUGGUGCCUAAACCGAUAUCCUGUUAGAGCCUACGAUUCUGUACGCGUAUUAACCCUUUGUACUCGAAGUGUUCCAAGGCAUCGACGAAGAUGGUUGUUGGACUCGAAGCGUGCCCCUCUAACACCCCAAUGGCGGUGCCCCUUGUUUCACGCGUGUUUAAACCUUCUCAUCUCUGUUCAGAAUGUUUCGAUAAAUGUAUUAUACGAAUUGUACAAUUUAUUUUUUGAAUUCGAUGCGGCUCAAUGUCGGUUUUAACGCGUAUUUAUAAUUACACUCAUUAACACUUAUUGUACGGGACUAAUUCAGCGCAGAUGUUCUUCCUAACACUGAUUAACUCAGCCGAGAUAGGGUUAAUACACGAGUAUUCAUGGUUGAGCGCGAUUCAACACGCACUGUUAUUUUCACGUGCCAAUAUGCAAUCCAACCAUUUGUUAUUUGUUCAUUACCGCUAUGUUCACGUGCUAUUCAACCAUUUGGUAAAUUUAAUUUGUUGUAAGGGGCAUUAUUUAUAAUUAAACGUGUUUUAUAGUUAUACGUUUAUAUAUUAAUUAUACAAUACUAUGCAAUAAGUACACGCUAUAAUUUUGCAAUACAUUACGCAACGAUACAUUACUAGAUCAACGAUACAUAUCAUCGUUUCGACUGUUGAAAUAAUCUUUUAUAUCCAGUUGGUCUUUGUUAAACAAGUUGUGAUAAAAAUGGGAAAGUAAGGAUAAUUGAUAUCGAAGAUGUUGACAGCGAAAGACAGAUGACAAAUUGUUAACGGGUGAAAAUAACAGUGUUACGAUAUUCUUAACUAUAUACAUGCGAAAUGAGGAGCAGAGGCACGCGUGCGUUAUUAUCGCGUGGAAUAACGUCGGGUGUUAAAACGCGUACAGCCUUAAGUUCAAAUGCGAGACAGGAGGCUCCCCAGUCCAAGAAAGAAAGCACAAUCGUUCGAAAACGCACAGCAACCAAGAACAAUGUAUGAUCAGCAUGAAACGUAGCAUCGAAAAGCAUUUGCCCGAGCGUCUCGAUGCAAAACGCGCGUGAGAUCUAACCGCGAGAAGGAGAACAGCCUAUCGCCACGCAGCUCGCGAUAAAAGCCAUUUGUGCAGAAGCUAGGGUUGCCAACAGUGUCGAGUGCGUGAAUUUCACGUUAUCCUGUUUUUUAGAAAUAAUAAAAGUUGUAAAUGAUAGGUAAGGGCAAUCUCUUGUAUGAAAAUUAAUAAUAUUAAUCGUUAUUAAUUAAUUCGCAAAAGAUUCUACUUACCGAUCAUUAUCCAGUAUUAUAUAUAUUUUUAUCCGGAUGAGAUUAUACGUUACAGAGAGAUCACCAUUUUCUACUUUUAUAUAUUUUUAUACUUUCCACUUUUUAUACUUAUACACGUGUCAUUCCGGCAAACGGGCCAAUAUUAUUAAUUUAUCCGUGAGAUUAUACUUAGCCAUAGCUUCCCAACUUUAUUAUUUCUAAAAAAAAAAAAAAUAGAAGGAUUAUCCGUUUGAAAAAUGGACGGCUGGCAACCCCAGUAGCUAGCUCGUCUAGGCUGAAACGCAGUGAUCGCGAGACAUCGAAACGCAUAACCCUUUUCGGUCCAGGUUUACCGAUUUCAUUGCGUGAUCGUCGAGCUUAUCUCGACGCAGGACCGCAAAGGGUACAAAAAAGUCGGCGAGAUUCGUUUUAACGACGACAACGACGGAAUGCAUCCCCAGACGCAUCGAAGAGGAGCUCGACAGGACUGCUUUGCGUAUUAUUUUGCUAAUACUUUAAGUAAUCGCGGGAUCGCGCGAGGAAAAUUUAUACAAAAUACAGGUUAGCAACGUUAGUACGGAGAGUUUGAAUCGACGCCGAGCACAGUUGUUUCUUAAGACGUAUCUGGAAAAUAUUUGUAUGUAAAUGAAUGACGAAACAAUAAAAAAGUAUACGCUGAA